AUGAUGGUAUCUGUGGUGAAGAAUACGAAGAAGCCCGUCAAGUUCUGGCUGUUAAAAAACUACCUUUCACCUCGAUUCAAGGAAAGUCUCCCAGUGCUAUCACAUGAAUACGGAUUCGAUUAUGCGCUUGUUGAGUAUAAGUGGCCGAGAUGGUUACACCAACAGAAGGAGAAACACAGGAUCAUGUGGGGGUACAAAAUUCUUUUUCUCGAUGUUUUGUUUCCUUUGGAUGUUGAAAAAAUCAUCUUUGUGGAUGCCGACCAAGUUGUUCGUGCUGACCUAAUGGAAUUAAUGGAAUUCGACCUCAAUGGUGCACCAUACGGGUCAGUACUUUUGGAAAUUUAUGAGUGUUUGUUAUGA